AUGGAGCAGCACCAGACAGCAGGAAAAAAAGAAUGCAGAAUGUGCAGGAGUGGCUCUCAGGGGCUGGUGAAAGACUACACCACCACCGUCAUCUGCAAGCAGAACUUCACUUCAACAACUCAAAUUGAUGAGUUAAUAAUAAAGACUUGGUUCAAGAACCAGUGCAUUAAAAGGAGGAAGCAGCAGCUACAAACUUGGCCAAGUAUGGCAUUAGAAGCACCAAACCAAAUCAUUUUAGUAAAGGAGAAGAACUCUUUACCUGUAACUUCUACAAACACUCAUCCCAUGAGCCCUGGCAUUGUGAAUGUCUAUGAUCAUGAACCAACUAAGACUUCUUGUAUUGAGCAACCUGGAGGGUCCAGUGCCUAAGUGUGGAAUGCAUCACGGGAUUCUCAGCUUCACGAUCUCCAACAGAUAUGUCUGGGUGUCUCUGAUCCUCCUUGGGCCUCCAAUCCCUAUGACAUAGCUCAGUUUAUAGACUGUGUUACUUACCUGUGGAUGAUCAACCCAACAAUCUAGAUCAGCCUCUCUUCCCACAGUGUCCUGGUUGAGGGGGUAUGGUUAGACUGAUCUUAAUUGUAAUGGCUGACCCAUCCAUAGCUCUUGAAAAAGACCUGUGAUCCAAAUCCUGCCAACCUGAGACAUUUCCAAUCUGGAAAUGGGUCAAUUCCAAUCUAAAUAGACCAAUUAUAUCGUUUUCUAUAAGAAGAAACCCCUUUACCUUUCAACAUUGCCCGAAAUUUCUGUCCUCUGAGCCUCAUUUCAGUAUCAAGGACAGUCAUCAGUGCCUUAGGAAGAAGCAGAAGCCAGCUAGUUUUCCUUGGGUCCUACUCUGUCCCAAUUAACCUUAGCACCAUGAAAGCACCCCAGCUGAAGUCAAUACCAUGUAAAAAUGCCUGUCCCCCAAGGAUCAUCUUUAUUUCUUUUUUUCAUUUUUUAUUUAUUUAUUUUUAGAAAGA